ACCAGAUCAUCGCGCCAAACUCAACAUCACGACUGUCAACCUCCUGGACCUCCGAACAACGUGCAUUUGGCGCCGAUGCUUGGACAAUGACUUCGAGGCUGCUGUCCUCGCGGCUCGCGCAGCGAACCCCGACAGCCCUCGUCCCAGCACCGCGACCCAAUGUAGCCACCCUCUACAGCAGCAGCGUGCUCGCUGCCAAAAGGCCCAUAACACACUCCGCAUUAUCUGGAUCAACAAGCGUUCUAAGAAGAUGGACUCAGCGGAAAGCCUGGCCUGCGGGCGCGAAUGCCAUGCACAAUCUGCCAGCAGUCCGCCAUGCCUCGUUCGCUCGUGUCAUCCCGAAACUCUUCAUGAAGCUGGCUCGUGUACCAGCGAUGAUGGGUUUGACGAUGGUCGGAGGUUUGGCAUAUUUGCAGUAUCAGACUGCCCAGGCUGGAGCGUAUGCAAUGGAUGUAUUCGGUCGGGCAAGGGACGCUACCGUGGGUGCGGCGAAUGGUGCGAUGGAAGGAAUGGGAGGCAUCUUUGCACAGAUCAGUCGAGGUGCUGAGAAGACUAAGGAGGAUGCAAAAAGCAUACAAAUGCCGCAGUGGAUGAAGGACAUAUAUGAGGGACGGGCAGGAGGAGAAGGAGGCGAAGGUGGAAGUGGUGGCCCGAACGAGCCCAAGCAGAGUGGUGUUGGCGUCACCGGAGCUGGUGCAGCCACCGCUGCUGCGUUCGCGCUUGACUCUGAGGGACAAGAGGAUGAUAGAACAGGAGACGAGGCGGCAAGAGACGACCAGAUGAUGCUGCUCACAAGGAAAAUGAUCGAGAUCAGGUCGCUAUUGCAGACUGUGGGACAAUCAGAAACGCUCACACUACCUUCAAUCGUUGUGGUCGGAUCACAGUCCUCAGGAAAAAGUUCUGUCCUGGAGGCCAUAGUUGGACACGAGUUUCUUCCCAAAGGCUCAAACAUGGUGACCCGGCGGCCGAUUGAGCUUACCCUGGUCAACACUCCCAAGGUGGCCGCAGAGUAUGGCGAGUUUCCUGCGCUGGGUCUUGGUCGAAUGACAGACUUCAGUCAGAUUCAAAAGACACUCUUGGACCUGAACUUGGCUGUGCCAGAGAAGGAUUGCGUCUCGGACGAUCCUAUUCAACUGAGAAUUUACUCGCCUAACGUUCCUGAUCUUUCUUUGAUCGAUCUUCCGGGUUACAUCCAAGUGGAGGCCUUCGACCAGCCCACCGAACUACGCACAAGGAUACAGGAUCUCUGCGACAAAUAUAUCAAGGCACCUAAUAUCAUUCUAGCCAUUUCCGCAGCGGACGUGGAUCUCGCCAAUUCGACAGCCCUUCGUGCGGCAAGGAGAGCGGAUCCGCGAGGCGAACGGACGAUUGGUGUUGUGACGAAGAUGGAUCUGGUCGACCCGGAGCGAGGGGCUCAGAUCCUCGCAGACAAGAAUUACCCUCUGCGGUUAGGCUACGUCGGCGUGGUCUGCAAAAUUCCGCAGGAAACGAGGUCUCUGUUCUCGCGAGGCGCACAAAACAUUACAAGCCUGAUUACGAAGAACGAAGCGGCCUUCUUUAAUGCCCACCCGGACACUUUCGGACCGGAGGCGAAGUCUAAUGUUACGGUUGGCACUCCAGCAUUACGCAAAAAGUUGAUGCAUGUUCUGGAGAGCACCAUGUCCGCGUCGUUGAAGACAACCAGUGAAGCCAUUCAUCACGAGCUCGCCGAGGCAUCGUACGAGUUUAAAGUGCAAUAUAACGAGCGACCUCUGAGUGCUGAGAGCUACCUUGCUGAGUCGCUGGACGUGUUCAAACAUGGCUUCAAGAAGGUUUCCGAAGAAUUUGGGCGGCAGGAAGUUCGUGAUAUCGUUAAGCGCGAGCUUGAUCAGCAGGUCCUCAAUCUGCUUGCACAAAGGUAUUGGAACAGGCCUGUGGAAGAUCUGCGGCCAGUCGAUCAAAACUCAGAAUCGAUUCAAGAGCCGCUCGAGAGUCUGCCCAAAGCAGACCCAGAGAAUCCUCUUUGGCAUCUGAAGCUUGACGCUUCGGCGUCCACACUCACAAAGCUGGGAAUUGGCCGCCUGGCAACGACAGUCACCGCGCAAGCACUACACAGUGCUGUGCAGGACCUUAUACAAAAUACUCCAUUCGCUUCGCACCCAUUUGCCGUGCAAGCCAUCACAAGCGCGUCUGAAAACAUCCUCAAAGACCUUGCGUAUGACACCUCAGACGAACUCGAAAUCUGUGUCAAGCCGUACAAGUAUCGAGUUGAGGUCACAGACCAUGAGUGGAAGCAGGGACGCGAAAACAUCUCCAAAGGCCUGAAAGAUGAAUUGCAGUCCUGCGAGAAUGCCCUGAAGGCAGUUGAAGAUCAGAUUGGCGGUCGAAGAAAGGCCAAAGACGUGUUGUCUUUCAUCGAUCGUGUGAGAAAAGGUGACAUCGUGCUGGAAGGCAAUGGCGUUGGAGGCGCAGGCGGCUUCUCAGCAGCUCUGCUUGAAAAGGGCAAAGAAGCUCUCUUCCUCCGCGAUCGUGCUGACAUAUUGCGCAUGCGCUUGGCAGCAGUCAAGAGUCGGCAGUGCGCGCAGCCCAAGAAUAAAUAUUACUGCCCAGAGGUUUUCCUUGACGCAGUGGCGGAGAAACUCACGUCCACGGCUGACCUCUUCCUGGACGCUGAACUAUUAUCCAAGUUCUACUACCAAUUCCCUCGCGUGCUGGAGAAAUGGGGACGCGAUCUGGACGAGAACACAAUUGAAAGAUUCGCACGUGAGGAUCCGAAGAUUCGUCGGCAUCUUGACGUGGUCAAGCGCAAGGAACUGCUCGAGCAUGUUCUGAAAGAAAUGGAGGGCCUCAGACAGCUCGAGGCUCGCGAGAAGAGGAACAGCAAUCGUGGGACACAGACAGAAGAGAAGAAGCGUCGCGGCUGGUUGUUUUGAUUGAAGCACAGCAUGUACAGACCACAGGGGCGUUUUUGAGUGAUAAGGAUGCAGCGUUCUCUUCAUAAGUAAUUCGAGCAUUCAGCGGAUGGCUUCCAUUUCGCGAGCUCCAUGUCCAUGUUCAAGAUCGACUUUCCUCGCCACCGCAAUCACCACAUCCACCACCUCAGGCUAGGAGCUCCAUUGUGCCAGCCUUGCACGCGUGCCAAUCCUUUCCGAGGACAGAUACUCCUGCUACCCUGGAUGCUAUCCCUCAGCCUUUUGAGAUCACAAUGUGCUCUUUCCGUAAUCAAAGCAAGCUGACCCGUCUUCGACCUCUGCGAAUGCAAGUCCUUUACCAUUUCAGUACUCAACGAUCUCCAUUCCUUCACCGCACCCGAACAAUUCAAAGGUCCAAUUCCAGACUCAAUCUUUCGCGCAACGAUAUCCUCGAUCUUAUCAACUUCCACUUUCGGCUCGGAACUCAACGGCUGUUGGUCCGGGAUUACUUCCACAAGCUCUUCCCAAACAAGCACAUCACGCAACCAGAUGCCAACACACUCUAUCCGAAUCUGUCGAUUCGUAGCGAAGAAAGCCGGUUCACGAAAGCUGAAUUUCUUGCAGCGUUUCUUUCGCUCUUCUAGUUCGGCGUACAUCGCGAAGAGAAAGAUUGCAUUCCUGAGCUCGCCGGGUAGCCGGAGGAGUCGUGACUGUGCAUUUUGCAAGGCUAGGAUCCGUCGGUGAGCUGCUUCUAAUUGGGUUCUUGCGUUUUGAAGUUCGGUAUAGGACAAGUUGUCCAGUUCUGUGAGGUCCAUUGUGUAGUUUGCCAUGAUUAGGGUCGAUGCUUUGAAAUGUUUCUUGCAGUUUCUUGGUUUUUGUUGAAGUUUGGAACAGUUCUGCGUGAAG